GUGGUCGUUAUAAUUUUUUUUAUCAUGGAAGUUAAAUUCCUCUCAUCACUUUGAUAUCUUGAGCAAUAAUCUUUUUAAACUUGAGUUCCUCGGCGUUAUUUUCGAAUUAUCUUAUAGAAAAGUUAAUUAAUUCGUAGUUGUAAUCGAUAUAGUCAUGGGUAAUUUAAGUAAAUGGUUAGAAGCAAAUAUGAUGUACGGUAUGACCCCUAAAACACUGAAGAAAACACCCGGGUUAUGGCCCAUGUACGCCUGUUGUGCUGCUGGAGUCGCUCUUGCCACUUGGUUUAGCUUACGUACAUGGUUGACAAAUCCUGACGGAAUUGACCCUAUCACUGGUAAAGGUAACUGGGAGAAAUACAGAGAUAAGGAUUUCAAAUUGGUUAAUAUUUCGGGAGUACACAUCCCUUCUCAAGCCCCGGAAUACAGAAUGCCUGGUGAUCCAUCCGAUGAUUCCUAUGCGACCAAAAGCUUCGUCCACCCACCUGGAUCAUCGAAACAUCAUUAAUGAAAUUACGUUGUUUAUUACUAGAUUUGCUUGAAUUCGUUAUUUUGUACAUAGAUGUCACCUAUUCAUAAUAUAUCAUUCAAUUGCGUAUUGAAAUGAUGUGAUCCGAGAUAUUACUUCUUUCUUUACUUCUGCGAAAAACGAAUGGAAAUGGUUGUUGAACGUUUCUAUAUAGCUUCGAUAUUGUAAUAUUAUGAUCGUAGUAGCAAUUACAAAGCUAAUUUACCGAUA